CCGCGCAGUGGAGCAAUCAUUCUGGGAGGUGUCCAAAGCUGGCCCAAUUUCUCUGAGGAGGAGCAGAGGAGCCUGAAUGGGAGGCCCCCAGCGGGGACGCGAAGGACCUGAUCCGCUAUUCCUCGGCCAGGAGGUCCCCCAGUGCUACACCGGUAGGGUCUACACGGCGUGGGGGGAACACCGCUGUUGCGACCUGGUCCAUUCUGGGCAUCCGGACCAGCUUCUCCUCACUGCUUCCUCGCAUGGAGCUACCCGGACUCAUCUGCGCCUUCUUGCUCGUCGCCUGCUGCUGCUGUCGCCGCGCCACGGCUCUGGGGAAAGAGAAUCAAGAAUUGGAGGCUUCUGCUCUGGGUUGAAGACCAUUCCGCCUGCCCUCCCUGCCUGGGAGCCAGCUCAAGGUGUCCCUGGAGAGGCAGAGCAGCCCACACCAGAGCUGGUGGAGGUGGAAGUGGGCAACACGGCCCUUCUGAGGUGUGGCCCCUCACACUUCCCGGGCAACCUCAGCCAUGUGGACUGGUUUUCUGUCUACAAGGAGAAGCCCACACUCAUCUUCCGAGUGCGCCAGGGCCAGGGCCAGAGUGAACCUGGGGAGUACCAGCACCGGCUCAGCCUCCAGGGCCCAGGGGUUCUGGCUCUGACUCAGGUGGCCCCCCAUGAUGAACGCAUCUUCCUGUGCCAGAGCAAGCGCCCUCGAUCCCAGGAGCACCGCAUCCAGCUCCGUGUCUACAAAGCUCCAGAGGAGCCAACCAUCCAGGCCAAUGUCCUGGGCAUCUCUGUGAACAGUGAAGAGCCUGAGGAGGUCGCCACCUGUGUGGGGAGGAAUGGGUACCCCAUUCCUCAAGUCAUCUGGUACAAGAAUGGUCUGCCCUUGAUGGAGGAGAAGAAUCGCAUCCACAUUCAGUCCUCGCAGAUCGUCGAGUCAAGUGGCUUGUACACUUUGAAGAGUGUUCUGAAAGUACGACUGGUUAAGGAAGACAAAGAUGCCCAAUUUUACUGUGAGCUCAGCUACCGGUUGCCCAGUGGGAACCACAUGAAGGAAUCUAGGGAAGUCACUGUCCCCGUUUUCUACCCUGCAGAAAAAGUGUGGUUGGAAGUGGAGCCGACGGGAAUGCUGAAGGAAGGGGACCGUGUGGAAAUCAGAUGUUUGGCUGAUGGCAAUCCCCCACCUCACUUCAACAUCAACAAGCAGAAUCCUAGCACCAGGGAGAUGGAGGAAGAGAGAUCCACUGACAAUGGUCUCCUGGUGCUGGAGCCUGCCCAGAAGCAGCACAGUGGGCUCUACGAAUGCCAGGGCCUGGACUUAGAAGCCAUGAUACCACUGUUGAGUGAACCCCAGGAGCUGCUGGUGAACUAUGUAUCUGAUGUUCAAGUGAGUCCUGCAGAUCCCGAGGGCCAAGAAGGCAGUAGCCUUACACUGACCUGCAAGGCAGAGAGUAACCAGGCCCUUGAGUUCCAGUGGCUGAGAGAAAAGACAGGCCAGGUGCUGGAAAAGGGGCCUGUGCUUCAUUUAGAACACCUGAAACGGGAGAUAGGAGGAGGCUAUCGCUGCAUGGCAUCUGUGCCCACUGUACCCGGCCUGAACCGAACACAGCUAGUCAACGUGGCCAUUUUUGGUCCCCCAUGGAUGGCAUCAAAGGAGAGGAAGGUGUGGGUGAAAGAGAAUACAAUGCUCAAUCUGUCUUGUGAAGCAUCAGGACAUCCUCGGCCCACCAUCUCCUGGAAUGUCAACGGCACUGCAAGCGAACAAUACCAGGAUCCACACAGGGUACUGAGCACUCUGAAUGUCCUUGUGACCCCAGAGCUGUUGGAGAGGGGCGCAGAAUGCACAGCCUCCAACUCCCUGGGCAGAAACAGCACCAUCAUCAUCCUGGAACUGGUCAGUUUAACUACCCUCACACCAGACUCCAGCAAAACCGCUGGCCUCAGCACCUCUACUGUCAGUCCUCAUGCCAGGGCCAACAGCACCUCCACAGAGAAAAAGCUGCCAGAGCAGGAAAGCAAGGGUGUGGUCAUCGUGGCUGUGAUUGUGUGCAUCCUGGUCCUAGCUGUGCUGGGUGCUGUCCUCUAUUUCCUCUACAAGAAGGGCAAGCUGCUGUGUGGGCGGUCAGGCAAACAAGAGAUCACGCUGCCCCCGUCUCGUAAGAGCGAAUUUGUAGUUGAAGUUAAGUCAGAUAAGCUCCCAGAAGAGAUGGGCCUCCUACAGGGCAGCAGCGGUGACAAGAGGGCUCCAGGAGACCAGGGAGAGAAAUACAUCGAUCUGAGGCAUUAGCCAUGGAAUCACAUUCAGCUCUCUCCUUGCCUGGACAGUUUCCACCUCCCUGCUCACUCCUCUCCCCAACCAAAGCCCCCAAAGGAACUACAGAGAAGACCCUUGCUCCAGCGCACUUGCAGACUCAUUCUAGAGGGCUAAUGGGCUGACCAGAGCUGUCCCGAGAAGGACCUCAAUUGGCCCUGGAGGCCCCCUUUUAGGGACCAGUCCACCUCUAUCUCCAUUUAUGCAAUGUUCAGAAGAGGCCUUAGUUUCCCACAAGUGGAUUGGAGUUUCUUGCAGAACAUGUUUUCUCCAUAAACAUGCGAUGGCUAUAAACACCUGUCUUCUACCAGCUCCUCUUUGAGCUGGUUUUCUGCACCCCACCUGCCACCAGGCUGGCUUUGUACCCCUGACAUGAGAAAGCACCAAGACCCAGGUGCCUGUUCACUGUCACAGAAUGUCACUUAUGUUUGCUCUGGAGAGUACCCCACAGUAUCCAGGAGCAGUGGCAGAGUCGCUGCUACUUCCUGCCUGCCUCUUCUGAGUCUCUUGUGACAUUUUAUCUUCGGGCACAAAUCGGGAACUGGUAUUAUUUCUUCAAGGAUGUGUCCUCUCAGGGAGGAACCUGGAUGAUUGAGCCUGAGCUCCUACAUUUAUAUGGCUCCCAGUGCCCUCUCAAGGGAUCAUGUGAAAAUGAGAGAUGGGAGAUGGGGCGAGAGAGAUGAGGUGAACAGUCCUUUAUGGGGAUUAAGGCUAUAGUUCUACAAGCACCAAAUUUCUAUAAACUGAGCUAAUGGGCCUAGACCCUACAAGGGCCCAAAUGGGAGAAUGGUACUUAGGGAUGAAAAACCAGGGGCCUGGAUAGAGCUUUGGGGUGUGUGCGCGUGCGUGUGUGUUUGUUUGCGCAUGUGUGCAUGCGUGCACGUCCAUGUGCUCGCUCAUGUGGUUUUGGUGUCUGUAAAUCUGUAAAUUGUUUCCUUUUGUGUGUGUGUGUGUGUGUGUGUGUGUGUGUGUGUGUGUGUGUAAGUGUGUAAGAAAAAUAAAGCUUAACUGUCCCAGAA